CGUAUAACACAUGUCUUCGUUCAUACAUUCGUAUCCGUGAGUGUAUAACUGAGAACAGAAUUUUCAUUAGGAGCGAUCUUCCCGCUUAACUCCAAUUUUGCUGCUUUCUUUGCCGGUCCGCCAAGCCUGUGCAGAAUUACUUAAAGGAUUUGCUAGGAGAGGUAGUUACCCAGAGAACUGUAAUAGUUAAGAGUUCAGCCAAAAUGGGUAGGUCCGGAGGCGAGGGCCUGAAGGGAUACUACCGCGCGAAGAUUGAGGAGCUUGAGCUUCAAGUCAAAGAUAAAACACACAAUUUGCGGCGAUUGGAGGCGCAGCGCAAUGAGCUGAACUCACAAGUUCGCAUGCUAAAGGAGGAGAUUCAGCUCCUUCAAGAGCCUGGAUCCUAUGUGGGCGAGGUCAUUAAGCUGAUGGGCAAGAACAAGGUCCUGGUGAAGGUGCACCCAGAGGGCAAAUAUGUGGUGGACAUUGAUAAGGACAUCUCCAUUGACAAGCUCAACCCUGGUGCCCGAGUGGCCCUCCGCAACGACUCCUACACGCUGCACCUGGUGCUGCCCACCAAGGUGGAUCCGCUGGUCAGCCUUAUGAAGGUUGAGAAGGUCCCCGAUUCCACGUACGAUAUGAUUGGUGGCGCUGAUCAGCAAAUCAAGGAGAUUAAGGAGGUCAUUGAGCUGCCUCUGAAGCAUCCGGAACUGUUUGAGAGCCUGGGCAUUGCGCAACCGAAGGGUGUGCUGCUUUACGGACCGCCUGGUACGGGGAAGACGCUGCUGGCUCGCGCGGUGGCGCACCACACCGAUUGCACUUUUAUCCGUGUCAGCGGCAGUGAGCUGGUGCAGAAGUACAUUGGCGAGGGCAGCCGCAUGGUGCGAGAGCUAUUCGUCAUGGCCAGGGAGCAUGCCCCCUCCAUCAUCUUCAUGGACGAGGUGGACUCCAUCGGCUCGGCACGUACCGAGAACUCGGGGGGUGGAGGGGACAGCGAGGUCCAGCGCACCAUGCUCGAGCUGCUCAAUCAGCUGGACGGCUUUGAGGCGUCCAACAAGAUUAAGGUCCUGAUGGCCACCAACCGCAUCGAUAUCCUAGACGCUGCCCUGCUGCGCCCGGGUCGCAUCGACCGCAAGAUUGAGUUCCCCAACCCCAACGAGGCGGCCCGGCUGGACAUCCUUAAGAUUCACUCCCGUAAAAUGAACCUUACUCGUGGCAUCGACCUGAAGAAGAUCGCGGACAAGAUGUCCAAUUGUUCGGGUGCGGAGCUCAAGGCCUGCUGCACAGAGGCGGGCAUGUUCGCUUUGCGAGAACGGAGAGUGCACGUAACGCAGGAGGACUUCGAGAUGGCCGUAGGAAAGGUUAUGAAGAAGGACUCAGACAAGAACAUGUCCAUCAGGAAGUUGUGGAAAUGAGGACGAAAGCAUGUAAACACCUCCUUCAAGAUACGAAACGCAUGCAAGUGGUGCAAGGCAAUGACAGAGCGGAAUGGCGUGGAAACAAGGGCACGGGAGGACUUGGCGGGUUGAAACGGUGUUGGUAUGCUCCCUGCAAAUAUAUGUCGGAAAUGGCCCCGGCCCUUGGCGAUUGUGCACCGAUUCAAGCGUGUCCGCGAGGAAUGCUGAUUGCUGGCUGAUGAGGAGCGUUCCUUUGCUGAUGAUGAGCAUUCUGGUCAUAUAGGGGGCGGGCAUUUGCAGCCAAGAGGCGGUGAACAGAAGCUUCAUACUUUCGUGGUACUUGCAGCCGUGAGAAAUCUUUUCGGUUGGGGUUGCAAACCCGUGUGCCUGCAUUAUGCCGCCAAUGGUGGGGAAGGAGGAGAUUAAUUUGCGGCUGACACGACGGCUUUCGUCGCAGGCCACAGCUACGUUUUCCGUUAUGGCAACCUUUGGCAACUCGAGGUCGCCAAGUUAUGUGGCAGGGACAGAACGCUUACUUAACGGCUGCGCAAGGUUACGCACGCACUUGUAAAUGUUGUAUUCUUGG